GUUGAGUAUCACACACUCGUCGCAUUCCAGCACAGCUGAAGAGGAAGAUGGAGGUCACCACUCGAAGGACUGCUGUGUUGUUCCUCCUGCUUCUAUCUCAGGCCCUGAUCGCUGUUCACUCACAGGAGGAGGAGGAGGCCGUCCAGGAGGAGGAGCUGCAGGAGGAGGACCAGCAGGUGAUCGAGACAUUGACAUCAAACGUCAAAGCCUGCACCUGCGACUGCGAGUCUGGUGAUUCACCCACACGUUUCCCCACUGUCAUCCCACCUGUCCUGGCGACCUCACCCCUGCCCCCGCCACCUAAGGGUCACCCAAUGACCUGCAUGCCAGAAUGUCCUUACCACAGAGCUCUGGGCUUUGAAUCUGGAUCUGUGUCCUCAGACCAGAUCAGCUGCUCCAAUCAGGACCAGUACGCCGGCUGGUACUCCUCCUGGCUCCCCAACAAGGCUCGCCUUAACAACCAAGGCUUUGGGUGUGCAUGGCUCUCCAAGUUUAACGACCAGCAUCAGUGGAUCCAGAUCGACCUGAAAGAGGUCAGUGUGGUGUCUGGUAUCCUCACCCAGGGCCGCUGUGAUGCUGACGAGUGGAUCACUAAAUACAGCAUCCAGUAUCGCAGUGUGGAGACACUCAACUGGAUCUAUUACAAAGACCAGACAGGAAACAACAGGGUCUUCUACGGGAACUCUGACCGCUCCUCCACCGUACAGAACCUGCUGCGCCCACCCAUCGUAGCUCGGUACAUCCGCUUGCUGCCGCUGGGCUGGCACACCCGCAUCGCCGUGAGGAUGGAGCUGCUGAUGUGCAUGAACAAGUGCUCCUGAAGUGCACACAGCCUGCUUUGUCCUCACUGUCCAUCCUUCCCCUGCCAACCUGCAGCUUGCCAAAAGGGGACAUCGGUCCAGCGACAAAAGAUCCAUCAUGUUACUUUGUUAUGACCUUCAUCUCUAUGAUGAGGCUCACAGCAAACUAAGUCUGGGAAGGUGGACAUGUUUGAUGCACUAUUUAUCUGUCUUAAAGUCUGUAUUGUUUAAUAUGUAAAUACAAAAUUGGACACCUCAGUGAAUACAGGGAUUCAAGUUUUAAAUUCCAAUUUGGAGGCCUGUUACCGUCAAUAAAACUACAGGAGUACAUGAAAGAUUUGUUUACUCAUUACUGUCUUUGAAUCACAGACGAACACUAUAAUAAAAAAGAUUCUACAGGUAAAGUUUGAAAUCAAAUGAGUUUGUUUUAUUUGAGAUUUACUGUUACAUAUGUAAACAUGAAUAUUCUAAAAUUGUUAAGCAUUCAUUUGUGGGUUUAUGCUCUCAUGUAAAUGCUCUGUUGAAAAAAAAAGCAGAUAAACACUGACUAUGCUACUAAUUUGUGUCUGUAGUAAAAGCACAAACGUAAUACUUGAUUUCAUUUAAACAGUUGAUAAACAUCUUCUGUUAUAAAUAUUACCAAACAAGUAGUCACACAUCAGUAUUAAUAUAAUACACAGUGCUCCUUCUGUAAAACAAUAAUCCAAAGAGAGAACUGUAUUGUGUCAAGUACAGAGUGUGCACGGUCCUUACAGAUGCACAAUACACAAUACGAUACGGUGAUGUUUGGACUCAGUGUGUAACUGUGGGAGCCUCAGGCCCCAUGUUUCAGUCUUCACACACUGUGCACAUGAUGAACAUGAAGUGAGGAAGAAUUUACAGAGUCAGGGCAAUAUUGCUGAGCCAUACAGUCUCUUCAAAGUGCAACAUUAAAAAAAGCUUAGGAUUUAUUUCUGCCAAGCUACUUUCAUGGCACUUUAUCCCAGACAGAAAACAAUGUUACAGUGCAGAGCUUCUGCCCCCACUGUGGUUCGGUAUUAAAUUUUUCUCAUAAGCUUGUCCCAGGUGGCUCAGUGUGUGCAAUCAGAUAAAAAAAUACACAAGUACAGUGAUUCCCAACCAGGAGGUACAUGUAGUCCAGGGGGUACUUCUGCAGAUGGGUUAUGGAGAGACUUUAGAGUAACAGAAGUAAUUUAUUCUGAACAUUAGUUUAUGUUGCUAUUAAGAGCACGUGUAAAGUUAGCAAGCAAGCGUUAAAGUCAAAACAGUUCGCUCAAAGCAAUGAAUUAAUUGUCGAAAUAUUUAACUAAUGCGAAUGUAAUGAACAAAUGGUGAAAAGCUAAAAGAAACAGAUGAUGAGCUACUAAAAUACUGUAAACCUUUGCACAUCCUUUAAAACAGGGAUAGUCAACUUGUUUCGCCUGGGGGCCAGGGGCCAGUUAAUAAACAGACUAAUAUUUAUCCGUUUAAUAAAUUGCCUAUUUUCAACCUGUCAACACUGGGUGUUAUUACUCAUCUUUCAGUGGCAAAUCCUUAUCUACAUUCAAGGCACAAAAAACUUCCCAGUAUAAAUCAUUGUAUUUUAAUUGGUGGGCCACCCGGCACCCUAUCACUGGCCAAGUUGAAUUAUUAUUGCCCUAGAAUAUAUUUUUGCACAUUCCUGCCUGCUCCUUCAUUUAAAACAGUUACGCUGUACAUAUUUUUUAACUGUAUUUUUUCAUUGCAAUUUCUUUAAUAUUCUACAAGUAUUAUUUGGUCUAUGAUUCUUGUCAACCUCUCUUUAAACACCAAAGUAGAUUCCUUGUACAGUAUCUGAAAACAUACUUAGCAAUUAACUGGGCUGUGAAUCUGAACAACAGUUAAAAUAGGUAGCCAAACAGUUAAAAUAGGUAGCCAAAAAUAUUGGGGAAAUGGUUAAAAAUGCUAAAUGUAACAGAUGAACGGCUGAAUUAGUGAGCUUUAACAGUUGUAAUGUUAGCUAGCAAAAAUAACAGAUGGUGAAAAAGCUAACAUACAAGGAUUAACAGUUAAACUAGAAAGAUAAAUGUAGUGGCAAAUUGGUUGAACUAGCUAAACGUAUUAAAUAACCUGUUCAGAUAAAUGCAUAAAUGUAACCGAAAAAUAUAAAUGUAUGGACAAACAGUUAAAAUGGUUAGCUUAAAGUGGUGGCAACGUGGUUGAACAGGUAAAAGUCACAAUAAACUGAUAAACAGUUAAAAUAGGUCAUAGAUAAACAGUUGAAAUAGCUAGCUAAAUGGAAAAAAAAAAAAUGGUUGAAACGGUGAGCUAAAACAAAGUUGUAAUAGUUAGCUAGCGUGAAAGUAACUGACAAAUGAUGAACAAGCUAAAAGAAAUGGAUAAACAGUUAAAAAAGAUAGCUAAAAGUAACUGAUACAGGCCUAUGGAUGAAAUAUUUAGCUCAAAGUAUUGGGGAAAUGGUUGGAACUGCUAAAUGUACGGAGCUAAAGCAAACAUUAAUAGUUAAUGUUAGCUAGCAAGCUAUAAACAAAUGGUGAAACAGCUAUAAGGAAUGAAAACAGUUGAACUGGUUAUCUUAACAGUAGCAGCAAAAUGGUUAGAAUAGCUAAGUAAUGAACAAACUGUUCAAAUAGUUAAUUAGGUAAAUGUGGUAAUGAAUAAACAGUUGAAAUAGCUACACUAGAAUGAUAUCCAGUUUGCAGCCUACCAUCUCCCUCAUUCUACGUGAAUGCAGCAUAAAUGGUUGAAACAGUGAUCUAAAACAAACGGUAAUAUUUAGCUAGAAUAAGAAUAGUGGACAAAUGCUAAAAAAGCUAAAAGAAAUGGUUAGAGUUCUGCUAGUUAGCUAAAAGAAGUGGCAAAUUGGUUGGAAUAGCUAACACUAAUGUUAGAAACUGUUCAAAAAGUUAAAUGUGGUAACAGAUAAACAGCUGAAAUAGCUAGCUAAAAGUAAUACAGUAGAAAUAGUUGGCUUAAGGAACAGGGGCCAGUGGUUGAAAUUUCUAAAUGUAAUAAUGAAUGGUUUAACUAGUUAGCUAAAACAAAUUAGAAAACAGUUUUUUAGCUAGCAUAAAAAUAAGCUAGCAUAAAAAUAACAUGCUAAAGCUAAAACAAAA